AAUCUGGCCAACUGAAACCCCUCUCAUUUCAUUUCGACGCCAUUGAAGACUCUCUCUCACUCUCAGCAACCAUUACCCUCAAUCCCAGUAACCCACCUCAAUUUAAGAGUCUGUGUGUGUGUGAACUUUGCCCUAAAGUUUUUGCUUUUCCGUGGUUGGGGAACUUACAAAAAUAUGUGUUCAACUUCUGUUUCUUAGUGCAACCCACAAAUAAAAGAAAGAAAAAGUGGGCAUUUGUUUCUUAAUCUCAAAGUUUCUGAAAUGGAGAGCGUCAACAAGAGUGGUGGUGGUGUCGCUGGUGGUGGUGAUGGGUCUGGUGCUGGUGGUCGGUUGCUGGUUGACGAAUCUUCUUGGGACGUGCAGAGCGACAGGAAGCGAUUUCAGAUAGAUUUGAAACAGAGUGAAACAACAAUUGUUUCAUGGACUAAGCUGCUUAGAGAUGCUGGCAUUCCAGUCGAUCAUUCUCCUCCUUCGUCACCUGAGCCUCCGGGAAGCUUUAAUGGAGUUAUGUGGGUUAGAAAGAUUCGAACUUGAGAUCUCUCAGGUACAAGAAGCGGUUUCAUCAAGAAGAUUAGUCAAGAAGCGUGCUCCACCAUCAUUCUUAAGAAGGAGAAGGAUGAGCAAAAUCUACCACAAAAGCAGAGGACUGCUAUGUCAGAAGUCCUGGAAGGGAUCAAUGUUGUUCAAGCCACCAAAAACACAAAAAAUGGGGCAUGGAAGGGUGAAAUCCACAACCGAGCAAAACUAUGAUAACAGGAAGCAAACUCUUUUAAGUGCUUCAGUUACAGUCUCAAAGAAAGAUCUUUCUGAUACUGGCAUCAAAUCAGGAUCUCCUUCUGGAACGAUACUUGAUCGAGCUGCUAUAUGUGCUAUGCAAUCCAUAACAUUAACAAGAAACAUCGAUGAAGAACACUCGCUCAAUAAAGGAAGAGUCGAGCUUCCUGACCUAAAUGUUCCUUCUACGGUGCAGGCAGCAAGUACUUCGCCAAUGCACACUAAGGAGGAAUCUGGUGGUAAGGUGAAUGGAUCAAUUCUUGAAAGUACUAUAUUGGUGAUGGAGACCAUGGUUGCAAAGUCAAGACAAUUGCAUGGUGAUGUUCAAGAUGUAGAUGAUUCAGAAGCAACUAAAUGCAGAUUGCCUCAGGAACUUGAGCAAAAGCUCGAGACUGUUGCCAGAUUAGCGGUAUUUAAAACCAUUACGAUCAUGAUAUGAUUUUUAUCAUGGACCUUUAGCGGACCAUGUUUGUUUAGCUAUAGAUGUGUCUAGAAGCGUGUUGUCUCCUACGAGUAAGAAAAUAAUUGGAUGAUCUUUUACCUUCUUUAUGAGGUCUGCUUUACUUUGGCAAUUUGGUGCAUUAGAUCAUCAUGUUUGUAAAAAAUGGAACAAUCUACCAAAUUCUACCUUUGUUUCCAUAGGCAGGGUGCGCAAUCUAAUCCUCUCAGCUACCUCCUUUUUAAUCUG